CAGUAUGCCCAAACUAUGAUCUUUGCCAUAGAGGAGAUCAAUAACAGCUCUGAGCUGCUGCCAGGCCUGUCUCUGGGCUACAGGAUCUUUGACUCGUGCCCCAGCAUCCCCCUGUCUGUGCGGGCAUCCCUGGCUCUGAUGAACGGAUAUGAGGAGGAGCCACAGAGCUGCACCAAGCCCUCCACCGUGCAUGCUGUCAUAGGGGAGACCACGUCCACCUCCACUAUAGCCAUGGCGCGCACCAUGGGGCCCUUCCACAUACCAGUGCUCAGUCAUUCAGCCACCUGUGCUUGUCUGAGUAACAGAAGGCAAUACCCUUCCUUCUUCAGAACCAUCCCCAGUGACCACUACCAGAGCAGAGCCCUGGCCCAGCUGCUCAAACACUUUGGCUGGACUUGGGUGGGGGCCAUCAGAACCAACAGUGACUAUGGUAACAAUGGCAUGGCCACCUUCCUGAAAGCAGCUUCCAGUGAAGGGGUGUGUGUCGAAUACUCAGUGGCAAUCUACAGGACCGACCCCAGAGAGUGGUUCCUAAAGGUGGUGGACAUCAUUAAACAGUCCACCUCCAAGGUGAUCGUGGCGUUUGCAGACGGCACAGACCUGGAAAUCCUGACGAAAGAGCUGCACCUGCAGAACGUGACGGGGUUUCAGUGGGUGGGUAGCGAGGGAUGGAUCACCUACCGUUACAUCGCCUCCCACGUCAACUACGCCGUGGUCCAGGGGGCGGUGGGCUUCGCUGUGCCCAACGCGGUCAUCCCCGGCCUGGGGGAGUUCUUGGCCAACAGGCGGCCCUCCACUCAGCUAGGGGACAGGGGUCUGGUGGAGUUGUGGGAGAGCGUGUUCAGCUGCAGCAUGACUCCUGGCUCCCCGGUCAGAGCCUGCACAGGGAGGGAAUCCCUGAGAGACACUGGAUCCCGCUACACAGACGUGUCCGAUGCUAGUCUGCUCAACAACAUCUACAAGGCUGUGUAUGCUGUGGCUCACGCACUACACCUGCUCACUACCUGUCAGAGUGGGAAGGGGCCUUUUCAAGAUAACACGUGUGCAGCCAGGGAUAAAAUAGAGCCGUGGCAGGUGUUACAUUACCUGACCCAGGUGAAUUUCACCACUAAGCAUGGUGAGAGGGUGUUCUUUGAUGAUCAGGGGGACCCAUCGGCACGCUACGCCCUGGUCAACUGGCAGAUGGAUAACACAGGGUACAUCUUGUUUGAGACCAUCGGCUACUAUGAUGCCUCACAACCAGAGGGCCAGAGGUUUGAGAUGAAGGAAGGUGUGAGUGCUGUCUGGGCAGACAAUCAGCCUGAGGUACCCAGGUCUAUCUGCAGUGAGAGCUGUCUGCCAGGGACACGCCGGGCCUUCGUUAAGGGGAAACCUUUCUGUUGCUUUGACUGCAUCGCCUGUGCAGAUGGGGAGUUCAGCAACACCACAAAUGCAGUGACAUGCACAACAUGCCCCCCCGAGUACAAGUCAAAUGAAGAGAGGAAUAGCUGUCACUUGAAAGGCAUUGAAUACCUCACCUUCAAGGAACUCAUGGGUAUACUGCUGGUAGCCUUCUCUGUGUUUGGUGGGUGUCUGACAAUGUCAAUAGCACUGAUAUUCUUCCACUACAGAAAGACUCCCAUAGUCAGGGCCAACAACUCUGAGCUGAGCUUCCUGCUGCUCUUCUCCUUGACUCUGUGUUUUCUGUGUUCUCUUACUUUCAUUGGCCGGCCCUCUGAGUGGUCCUGUAUGCUGCGUCACACAGCGUUUGGGAUCACCUUCGUUCUCUGCAUCUCUUGUGUUCUGGGGAAAACAAUAGUGGUGUUGAUGGCCUUCAGGGCUACACUUCCAGCCAGUAAAAUCAUGAAAUGGUUUGGGCUUCCACAGCAGAGACUCAGUGUUCUGGCUUUCACUCUCAUACAGGUCCUGAUCUGUGCUCUUUGGUUAACAGUCUCCCCUCCUUUCCCAUACAACAAUAUGAAGACAUAUAAGGACAAGAUCAUUCUAGAGUGUGAUGUGGGUUCAGCUAUUGGUUUCUGGGCUGUGUUGGGCUAUAUAGGACUCCUAUCUCUCUUGUGCUUUGUGCUGGCUUUUCUGGCUCGGAAGCUGCCUGAUAAUUUCAAUGAGGCCAAAUUCAUCACCUUCAGCAUGCUCAUAUUCUGUGCUGUCUGGAUCACCUUUAUCCCAGCUUAUGUCAGCACUCCUGGGAAGUUCACUGUAGCUGUGGAGAUCUUUGCUAUUCUGGCCUCUAGUUAUGGAAUGCUCUUUUGUAUAUUUCUCCCCAAAUGCUACAUAAUUUUAUGUAAACCAGAGAAAAACACCAAAAAACAUUUGAUGGGUAAAACGUCAUCAAAAACACUUUGA